AUGACGAUGCCCGAUCUUCCGCCAGAUUUGGUCGAGGAAAUACUUUCUAGGGUUCCGGCGACAUCUGUGAAAAAGUUACGAUCUACUUGCACACAAUGGAACGCUAUAUUCAAAGAUGAAAGAUUCACUGAGAAGCACUUUAGUAAAGCACCAAAGGAGUCUAUGGUUCUCAUGUUGAAGGAGCAUAGGGUUUGCCCGGACAAAAGACUCGUGGUUUGGAAUCCGUGUUUGGGGGAAACCAAGUGGAUCCAACUCAAAGUUGAUUACCGGAGAUACGUCUCCAAGUUUUGUCUAGGGUAUAUCCAAAACAACGAAUCUCGCCGUAGCUAUAAAAUCUUGCGGAGUUGGUAUAGUUACGAUGACAAAUCAUCACCGCGCCAAAGAGAUUUGGGGUUUGAAAUAUACGAGUUUAUCUCUGAUUCGUCAUGGAGAGUUCUUAAUGACGGAAAUACUUACUUGCUUGCUUAUGAUGUUGAAGAAAAUUCUAGAGUUGUACUAAUGUUUGAUUUUACAACAGAGAGAUUCAAACGUCUACGCCUUCCGCAUUUCCAAGAUGUUGGUAAUAUGGAUCUAUCAGUUGUUAGAGAAGAACAACUCUCAAUAUUACAUUGGACUCGUAAUACAUCAAAGAUGGAGAUUUGGAUAACUAAUAACAUUGAUACUGAUGCUACAUUGUUGUGGAGACUGCACUUACACACUCAAGUCUUCUCACGUAAUUGUGUUCGAGUCUUCUCAAGUCUAUAUAUCGACAAGGAGAAGAAAGUUGUCUUGUGUUGUAAUGUUAAUGAUGAUGCGACCAGCAAGAACAUAGUAUACAUUAUCGGAGAGGACAAUGGAUAUUACACAGAAAUCCUUUUCCUACUCCCUAUAAACAUACAUUGGGUUCUACUUGACCGUAAUAAAAAAUGGUAUUCAUCUAUUUUCAAUUAUGUUCCGCGUUUGGUUCAAAUCUAUAAUGGUCAUCUCUUAUUUUUUUCUUAA